AUGUCUAAGAGCGUCGAAUUCAACGUCUUCCAUGGCUCGGAGUCGGGUGAGAUCAUCCCUCAAACCUCGCGAUGUACUCUAGGUCCAUUCGACGCUUUCGUCGAGAUCACUCAUGCCGGUCUUUGCGGAACAGACCGACACUUCAAGAACAAAGAUAUAGCAUUAGGUCAUGAAGGCGCCGGUAUUGUCCGUCAGAUUGGGGGCUCGGUAACUUCACUGCAGCCCGGGGACAGAGUGGGCUUUGGGUGGAUUCAGAAGGUCUGCGGGCACUGCGACUACUGUGUCAGUGACAAGGACCAAUACUGCGAUGAGCGCGAGCAAUACGGUACACAUAGCUUUGAAAUCGGUUCUUUCGCCAGUCAUGCCGUUUGGCAUGAGAGCAUGUUAAUCAAACUACCGGACGGGCUGGAACCUGAAUAUGCUGCUCCGUUGAUGUGCGGGGGUGCAACUGUCUGGGGCGCUCUAACAACGUACGACCUGAAGCCUGGUGAUCGCGUUGCUAUUUCAGGAAUUGGUGGUCUGGGACAUAUGGCCAUUCAGUUCGCAUCAGCUCUCGGAUGUGACGUUGUGGCAUUGUCAAGUAAUCCCGCGAAGAAAGAUGAGGCCAUGCAGCUGGGCGCGAAGGAGUUCCACGUAACGAAAGGAGACAUCCCAGAGUACCCGAUCAAAAAGGUCAACCAUUUGUUCUGGUGCGGUAGUUCUUGGCCUGAUUAUUCAAAGUCAGUGGAUCUCCUUUAUACAUACAGAGUGCAAAAAUCACCUGUCCCUAUCCUCACGCUAGUUGCCAAUGGGAUCAAGAUCCAAGGCUCCGCUGUCGCAUCUCGACUCGCAAUCCGCAAGAUGCUUAGAUUUGUCGUGCUGCAUGGAAUGCGCCCCAUCAUCGUGAAGUUUCCCUUGAAUAAAGGGGGCAUUGAGGCCGCGUUCAAGACUCUCGAAGAAGGCCGAAUGCGCUAUCGGGGCGUUUUGGUUUCUGAGCAAAAAUUGACUGGCAAGCCAGUCGUUGAGAAGAGAUAG